AAUUAGCUAGAGCCUAUAAUCCAUUAUUCACAUCACAUACAAAACUCUGAAGCUUCUUAAUUAAAACUCUUAUUUCAUUCCUUCAUAUAUCUAUCUCUGCUCUUGCUCUGUCCAUUUCAGCACAAUUCCAUAUGGCAGCCACUACUACCUCUUCCACCUGCACAAGUUUCUUCAAUUUCCGAUCAUCAUCAUCAAAUCCUUCUGAUCAGUCCUUCAGAGUCCGUGACUCAUCAAGUCAAACCUCUUCUGCAAGUAAUUGCAGUGGAAAACUUGAUGGGGUGGCUAUGUGGUUCAUUAAUGGUGUUACAAUGGCUUUUUUUGCUUCUUUAAAUCGUUGCUCUUGUAUCCGCAUCGCUACUGAAGAAGAUGGUGAAGAUGCCAACGAUUUACCGUUGGUGUUUAACGAUGGUAAUCUCCGCCAUGAUGGUGUCGCCGGCACCACCAGCAGGAGAAGGACUGGUAAAGGGAAGAAAAAUGGUAAGUGAUAAUAUAUAUAUUAAUUAUGUAUUAUAAUGCUACAAAUUAAAUAUAGUAUAUGUGAGAGUUUUUAGAAUAUAAUUGUGCGUUCAAAUCAAAGCUUGUGUUACUUUUGGAGUGAUUUUGGAGAUCGAUGAAAAUUAUGAAUAUGAAUUAAGAAGCUUUAAUCUUCUUCCUUUGAAAUAUAUAUACGGAUAAUGAAGAAAUAUGGUUCAUGAUGUGUAUUAUUAAUUCUUUAUUUGUGUAGUAA